UCCCUUUUUUAUUUUAAAUUAAAAACCAAAACCAGAAAUCGAAUCCCUUUCUCUUUCUCUCUCUAGAAAUUCCCUCUUUCUCUCUCUCUCUUGAAAAGGCUCUUUUCAUCUCACUUCGUUCCAAUCUCUGAUCUUUUUCUCGGCCAUUUUCAUCUGCAGGUCAGUUAGUGAGUCAGAAAAAUUGGGGUUUUCGAUCAUGAAUACGUAAUGAUUCUUGGUUUGUUUGUUAUUAAUAUUCCAAAAUAGGUCAUAUUAUCGUCAAAUUUGUCUAUAUAGCAACAGCAGCAGUUGUUGUUUUUGUAGCUAUAGGAUUUCGUUUUCUGAUUUUGACCAAGGAAAAAAGAGCUGCUGGGCAAUCUGGGAAUCCAUACAAUAAUAACAUGGGUUAUCUUAAUUCGGUUCUUUCUUCUUCAAGCCAAGUUCAUGCUGAUGAUGCACCUGUGAGCGGCGGUGGUCUCAGUCAGAAUGGAAAAUUCAGUUAUGGAUAUGCUAGCUCUCCUGGGAAAAGGUCUUCAAUGGAAGAUUUCUACGAGACAAGAAUUGAUGGUGUGGAGGGGGAAAUUGUUGGUCUCUUUGGUGUUUUUGAUGGUCAUGGUGGUGCUCGUGCAGCUGAAUACGUGAAGCAGAAUCUUUUUAGUAAUUUGAUCAGCCAUCCAAAGUUUAUUUCCGACACAAAAUCUGCUAUAGCUGAUGCAUACAACCAUACCGACUCUGAAUUUCUGAAGUCAGAAAAUAAUCAGAACAGAGAUGCUGGAUCAACUGCUUCUACUGCCAUCCUAGUUGGUGACCGUUUGCUUGUUGCAAAUGUUGGGGAUUCGAGAGCUGUAAUUUGCAGGGGUGGUAAUGCAAUUGCUGUUUCAAGGGAUCACAAGCCAGACCAGACUGAUGAGAGGCAAAGAAUUGAGGAAGCAGGAGGAUUUGUCAUGUGGGCUGGAACCUGGAGAGUCGGAGGUGUUCUUGCUGUUUCUCGUGCCUUUGGUGACAGGCUAUUGAAGCAAUAUGUUGUUGCUGAUCCAGAAAUUCAGGAAGAAAAGAUUGAUAGUUCACUCGAGUUCCUUAUUCUUGCUAGUGAUGGAUUAUGGGAUGUUGUCACAAAUGAGGAGGCUGUUGCAAUGAUUAAACCAAUCCAAGAUCCAAAGCAAGCUGCUGAGAGACUGAUGCAAGAAGCAUACCAAAGAGGUAGUGCCGAUAACAUCACCUGCGUUGUUGUUCGUUUCUUUACCAAUAAUAACCAAGAAGGUUCGUCUUGAAGUAGUAGUAGUAGUACUACCGACCGAGUGAGAGAGUGAGAGCACCCCUUUUCUUUGCUGCAAAGCAUAUUUGAUUUCCUGCUAAGAUUGUUAGAAUGGGUGCGCUUUGCUGCUAAUAAAAUUCAUUGCUAGAAAAGUUUUAGCAAAAAUCUAUGUGAUGAUAGAAUAGUAUUUGUAUAAGGAUAGAGGCUCGAUCGAAAAACAAAAAACAAACCAAAAAAAAAAAAACACUAAACAAUUUACUACUACUAGUAAGUACUACCCUGCUAAUGUGUAUUUACGCUUCUUUCAAAUUCACUUUAAGUCCCUCUAGCAAUAGAGAAUUAAUUGUAUUUUUAGUCUACUUUCAUUCUGUAUUUGGGUUUUUUUCUACUAAGUGUAGCUGAAAUAUAUAUAUGUAUUUGUUUGUUAUGUAAAGAGGCUUACGUAUGACUAAAAUUCCCAGUUCUCAUUGUUA